CAAUAUUUAACAAACUCGCAAAUACGAAUCAAUACACAUUUCUGACCAAGAUGGACGACCGAUGAAAUUAAAUCGGGAGGAGAGUCAAUUAUAUAUAGAUUCUUUUGAAAUAGUGCGUUUCAAAAAAAUAUCAGUGUAAAGUAAAAUGUCGGACUACAAGGAAAUCAUUCGUCAACCAGAAACCAUGAACUGGUUUAAGGCGGCAAUGGGUAUAAAGAUUACACGUGACUGCUUGCUUGAAUUUGUAAAGGAAAUAAAUCAGGCGUGUUAUGAUGACAUUCGUAAAGAGAUUAAGCAUCAACACGGUGUACCAGAGAGCAUUGUCUGUAAUCAGUGUGUGACUCCAAAUGUCUUGCCGUGUGACCCGGCAAACAUAUGCUGCAGAAGAAAACGUGGGAAAUGUGCAUUUCAUGAAAUUCACAUGCCGCGGAAUUGUCCCAAUAAGUUAUGCAAUGAAAUUUGUAAACAAAUUGUAAUUCAACACCGAUUUCGUUGGAAACAAAACUCACUCAGCUUUCAGGGUCCUACGUGGAUAAACACGGAUGCAUCUAAAUGGUGCUCGGAACCCUGGCAUAUUUUCAAAUGCUUCGUCUCAAAAGAUGGGUACAAGGACGCCAACCAAGCGGAAUGCACCGACUUCAACGGCAUAAUGAAUAUCAUAUACAACUGUGAAUACUUCAAAACGUAUUUGCAGGACGACCUUACAAAACAGGAAAAUGUGUGCACGAAGGCUAGAGAUGUGGGUCGUGAAGUUCGACAUGCGCCCGCAAUGUCCAUGAACAGCCAGGAUACUGACAAAGCUAUCGACACUCUAGAAGCGCUGUUGCAGAGCCUGACACAUGUAAACCACCAGGUGACGGCGAAGACUGCAGUUGACAAGUUAAAACAGCUGAAGAGUGGAACGCUAGCAAUAACUACUGAAGAUGUUGCAACCACCUUUGAGCUCUUGAAAGAAAAUUUGAGUGCAAAAAUUAAAGAGACUCUUGAAAAAGAAAAGGAUAAACUUGUAAAUGAAAUGGUCGAUGCUUUUAAUGAAAAGCUAAGUAAAGUUCUUGAAACAAUACAAAGGAAAGAAGACGACGUACUUAAAACGGUAGACGGAAAAAGAGAUGAUGUACUUGAAACGAUAGACGGGAAAAAAUAUGAUGUACUUGAAACGAUAGACGGGAAAAGAGAUGAUGUACUUGAAACUAUAGACGGGAAAAUAAAUGAUGUACUUGAAACGAUAUACGACGGAAAAAGAGAUGAUGUACUUGAAACAAUACGAAGGCAAAAACAUGAAGUGCUGAAUAAUAAAGACAAUGCCACAAUGAACAGAACAUUAAUCGAAAUCCAAACGUGGUUAAUCGAACAUUACCGGGAAAGGUGUGUUGUGCCGGUGUCGAUGCUGGAUCCUGGAAUAGAUGUACCUUUAGAGCGGAUCUAUGUUCCCCCGUCGAUCCAUGAACUUAAGAGAGGCCGGAAAGACAGACAUGGCGGGGGUGAGAUGGACACGACUUCACGGGCGGAACCAGAUGUGAGUUGCUACAGAGAGCUGCUGCAUCGUGAUGGGAAUCCGGUGAAUACCAUUUAUAUCCAAGGCAAUCCAGGUUGCGGAAAAACGACGUUUUCAACAAAGCUAGUUCUAGAUUGGUGCAAAGCCCAUUCAAAAAAUGGUGCGAGCACUUUGGAAACGCUCACGGGAACAGCCACUACCACAGGUAAGACGUCAAACCCAACAUAUUUCAGCGAUCUUGACACUUUGAGAGACUACACAUUUCUGUUUUUUGUGUCAUUGCGUGACUACAGUGGAACCAUGUGUAACGUCAGUCAGAUGGUCGAGGAUGCCAUAAAAAGCAACAAGCUACCUUGGGAUGACUCUGUCUGGGAACAUAAAUGCAUUGUUCUGACAGACGCUGCAGACGAAUGGUACCACCCCGAAAUAGCCUUUCCUCUGCCACGUGACUCUGCGUGCAAUUGUCAUACAUCUCCAAGCAUGCCACAGUAUUUACAGCGAAACAACAUAUCCAACAUUAUCACUGCACGCCCAUGGAAACUUGCCAACCUAAUUAUGAGUGAUACUUUAACGCGUUUGUUCGAAAUUUCCGGCGUUACAAACUACACAACCUUGGCGGAAAAUGUCAUUACUGUUUUAGCUGAGAAGGACGGUAUUUCUAAAAAUGAUCAACAAUGCAAAUGCAUUGAUUUCAUUGAAAUAAUAAAGGCUCAAAGCUUGGGCAAUCUCAUCACAGUACCAGCUGUUUGUGUGCAGUUAGUUCAUCAGUUUUACGUUGGACGUUUAGUGGAAGGUUCACUGUGUUCUGUAUACAUGAAUAUGCUUGAUAUGCACAUAGCCAAGGGGUUGCAAAAACUUCAAAUUGAAAAUUUUGACACUGAAGAAAUGUGUGUUAAUGAAAUAAAACAAAUCAUUGGAACUGAAUCAACCGAGUAUCUGCGAGAUAAUUGGUCGCUGGUUCACUCUGCGAGUGCGCUUGCGUUUAAAACACUAACAGACACUAGUAAAGAAUCGUCGCUAGUCUUUGCGGAAAAUACUAUCACUAAUCACAUGACAAAAACUAAACUUGAUUACUUACUUCAGACAGGAAUUAUCACAAAGAAAAAAUCGCUGGCGCUUAGCUCGCGAAAGAAUGUUCCAUACAUGUUCUUACACAAAACAAUUCAGGAGUUUCUAGCAUCGUUGUAUAUUGCAAUGAAUCAGUCGGACAUUGAAAACAUCCUGAGCACCAUACAGUCGAUGUAUUGUGAUUAUAAGUCUAUUCUGGACAUUGGUCAGUUAUUUAUUUUCACGUGUGGAAUGUGUGCCCCAGCGGCUGAAAGAAUAUCAAAGCACAUCACGGAUGUCAUAACAUGCGACUUGGAAAGCAAGAUCUCUAUUUCAGACCGGGACACAUCCAUAUUUUUUUUCCCAACUAUAGCAGCACUUAACAUUAUAGUGGAUGGCUUUAUUGAAGGGCUGGCAAAUAAGCAGUCGUGCUUACAACUGACGAUCAGUCAUAUAUACUUUUGUACCACUUUUAAGGAGAUGAACGAGAAAUACCAAUAUGCUUUAAAUACGUUAAUAGAUAUGAACAUAUCAAACAUCAUUAGCAUUCUAGUUCACUCAUGCACUGAAGAAUCACCACAUCGUUUACAGGAAAUCAUUUCGCAAUCAAGAGAAACACUGUCGUAUCUGUGGCAUGUAAACACGGGUCAAUUAGAUCUACAGGGUCUAAAACUCAAGUACUUAUGUAGCGGAUAUACCGAUAUAAGUAAUUUAGACUGCACCUUUAUGCGUGCGUGUGAUAUAACGUUUCUAUCACGAUUAUCAGAGGACCACAUUUUACAAUCGAUGUCUGUCACAGGUAAAAACAUUAGAAGUCUACAUCUUGCUGGUGCAACUUCAACGGGCCUCUGUGCAGCUCUUGCAAACCUGACAAGUCUACACUCGCUGACAUUAUUUUCUACAGGUCUUGCGGUUUCACAGCUGUCCCAUCUUCCUGAAUCGAUCAGAAAAGUAGUUUAUCGAAGAAUUCGUGUUUCCGCUCAAGAUGUAAAGUCAAUGGUGGAAUGGUCGAAGUCACGGGACGCGUGUGUGUGUUGCGAAUUGUCGAAUUGUUACAUAUCUGACAAUGAGACAGAUAUUUGUCACUGGAUGAAGCAGCAGGAUGGCAUUUACAUUACGCAAUGCAAAUUCGAACAAGAAUAUGGCUGUCGCGGUAAAAUCUUUAUUUCCUGGAGCACCAUUUUAUCAAAGUGACAAUAAUCAAACAGGUUUUCACGGGUUCAAUAUGAAAAUAACUGGAGAGCUAUAAUACUAAGGACGUUUACAAAAUUGACAAGUGACAUUCUAUUCAUCAUUCGAAAUUGAUAUAAUUAUACAGAGUUAUAUACGCGACAAAUUGAACAAUUUGGAUUUGUUCAUUUCUUUAGUGUUCUUUAAAUUUUGUGCUGACGCCAUAUUCGCUAAUAUAAAUUAUUGAAUGAUUCUCGCUAGAUUUAACAAAUGCAAAAACUGUAAACAACACCCUUUAAUAGAAUAAUGUGCUUUUACCUUACUGUGUAAUUAUUAUCAUGAAUUUGUACAACUUCAUGACGUAUAUACUUAUCGAAACACGGGAGAAGAAUUUAUUGUUAACGAAUUCGUGUUUUGGUCUUGGGUAGUUUUUCUCUCACGGAUUAAUUCUUGUUACUCGUCCUUCAAGAGUUGUAUACGCAACUUAACUACGUCACUACAAUUAUUGUCCAUAUAUACUGUUUUCCAGUGUUAAAGUAACCUACUCAAUGUGACAAUAUAGUGUGUUGUUUUUAUGCAGUAUAUGUAGUUAAUAUUCAUUAUAAACUUUCCUUUAUUUGUUUAUCUGAUUAUAUAUGUAAUCAUGUGUCGUAUUUGAAUAAAUUGAACGCACUACA